AUGGCGCUGGACGGGAUCCGCAUGCCGGACGGCUGCUACGCCGACGGGACUUGGGAGCUGAGCGUCCAUGUCACCGACCUGGGCCGCGACGUCACCCUGCGGGUCACUGGCGAGAUCCACAUCGGCGGCGUCAUGCUGCGCCUCGUCGAGAAGCUCGAUGUCAAGAAAGACUGGUCAGAUCAUGCGCUGUGGUGGGAAAAGAAGAAGACUUGGCUCCUUAAAACCCACUGGACGUUGGACAAAUAUGGGAUACAGGCUGAUGCCAAGCUCCAGUUCACCCCUCAGCACAAGCUGCUGCGCCUCCAGCUGCCCAACAUGAAGUACGUCAAGGUGAAGGUCAACUUCUCAGACAGGGUCUUCAAGGCUGUUUCUGACAUCUGCAAAACCUUCA